UGGGCUUCAGACUCCUCAAGUCUUGCAAUAUACCUGGACACUCCUCUUCGAGCGUCUCAUCAGCUUUGAGUAAAAAAAGCCGUACCCAACGUUACCUCUAUUGCUCAAUCGACGGAGGACGACGUUUCUCAUACCAAAAGAACGUCCCACACCAACGAUACGAAAUCUUGCUAGAACUUUGUUCACUCGGUAAUCAAAUAAAAACAAACAAUCACGACAUGUCUUCUAUUCAGUCUUUCCGCAUUUUCCGGGCCACUGGUGCCGACGGCUUCUCCCUUGACGCUCAUGCCAAAUUCGUCUUCGAGCCCGCUCUCGAGUCCGAUGAACUUUUUGAUGCUCUACGAUGCUCCUACCCAGAAGUCAAGACUCACGCCGAGCGAAAGCGCCAAGCUGUUCUUGACUUUCUCGUUCAAGAACGUGAGGCUGAUAUGAGAGCCUUAGACCGGCUCAUCAGCGGCGAGUCCACAUCCCCAGUCCAGUCCUGGAGUUCGCAAAGUGCUGGACAGACCCCCGCUACAACCUCAUUUGGACCCUUCCCUUCUACAAACUCAACCCAAGCCUCUCCCGUUGCCAUUACACCAAAUUUCACGGCUAGCGACUCCACAACUACUGCAUCUACGCCUUCAAAUCCCGCAUUCCACGUUUGGAAUGCCUCUAGCAACAAGCCCGUCAAGCUACAUAAGCGUAGAUGUAUGACUGACGCGGAGAAGGAAGAGUAUCGCCAGCGACGCAUAAUCGGAUCUUGCGAGUCUUGCAAACAGAAGCGGAGAAAGUGCCGCCAUUAUGAAACCGCUGCAAACCAAGCUGUUGCCAAAGGCAGGUCGAGCAAGCGAUCCAGAUCCUCGAAGACUGCUUCAACUUCUCGGACGAGCAUGUCGAAGAUGGCGAGUACCAGCGGCUCAAGCAGCUCUUCGCCGUCUGAAGCAGCAACACAGUCUUUCAAUGAUUCUCCGGCAUAUCAUACGAACUUUGGAAUGGAUGGCUCAAAUUUUGAUUUCGACACUGAACUGUCUGGCCAGCUCUUCCAAGGCGACUUCGCUCUCUUCAACGAACCCACCGAAGAGGACUUCUUCAGCAAUGCUAUGCUUCCAUUCGACAAUACUCAAAACUUCUCUUUCUUUAACAGUUUUGACUCGAACUUUGACUCUACAACAUAUGCAAAUAGCACAUCUCAAACAACAAACCCGAAUGGCACAAGCCAGACUGUAAUGUCAGAUUGGCUCACAGCGCCGGCACUCCAUGGAUUUGUUGAUUCCACAGCGCCAUCCUCACAACUACAUUUGAAUGCGUCACCAAACGAAGUCGAUAUCAUUUGGGGCGACGACAACGCAAAUGCGAAUCGUCACCAAUUACACGACUUGAACAAUACCGUCCUUGCGACCAACCGCCGCGAUGGCCAGGAAGAACCCAUACCCUCAAUUGCACGAACCGAAAGUAAUUCGUCAAGUACAAGCGAUAGCGAUCCACGCCCUGGCGUAGUACGAGAACCUAGGCGGACAACGUCCGCCCUGGAGUAUUACGCGACCCCAAUCUCGUCCACGCCCUGCAGCAUCGACAAUUGCUCCCCAGGAGCCGAAAAUGCACCUUCUUCGUGCCAAUCCAGCGAGGAAUCAAGUUGCGAACCGACCUGCCGUGCGAUAUUGACGUGUUAUCUUGCGUACAUGGCGCAGAUGAUGCAAUCCGCGAGUAACUUGAAUGCAAUCUUUCACGCUGCUGUCAGUGUACUGGGAAGUGUGGAAGGACAGAGGAUAGUCCGCGGUAUGGACCAGACGGUCGUGGGUACUGACAGGAUGGUCGCCGUUUCUUAGCAUGUCCUCUCUUGGAUAGAUUAAUAACGGUAUAGGAAAGAAAAGGACACUAGCUACUAGCUGAAACUGUAGAUUCAUGGCUUUGUCAUGCUUGAUAUGAGGCCUAAACUCUUCCAAGAUUGAAGGCGAAGGAACAGAGUAACAGCUAGACAGAUCAAUUGCCCUUCAUAUUGGGUUUACACUUCA